AAAAAUAAUUCAAAAUAAUAUAAUUUUUGAAAUGUACAUUUUUCUAAUUCUAUCCGGUAUCUCCAAUCUCUCAACCGCUCAAUCUUUAUCACUUCUCUCAACUUCCGAUUAGAGAAUACAAAAAUAAGUGAACUAGAGUUAGUAACUAAAGUUUAAAGUAUUCUAGAGGAGAGACUUGUAAACAAAGGAGUCACCCACCUUUCUACAAAACAAUCCAUGUGAGACAAGUGCACUUAGUAAUAUUUUGCCAAAAACAAUACACCGCACCCACCCAAAUACAUAUAUGUAUUCUUUAUUCUUAUCAUUUUCCUCACCGAAACUAAAGAGGUUAUUCAAGGAUUAUUUGGACGAAAUAUUUGGACUUACUGUCUGUCCCGAUAAUCAAAUUGACCGGCUUCUGAGCAUUAAAUUCUUGACAACUAUAGACGAGUGAGAGAGAGAUGAAGAUGAUAGAAGAGGUUGAUCUUUUAAAAGCUUGAAAGACCAUUUUCAAAAAAUGUCUUUUUAAACCACCCUAUUUUCCAAAUCACCCCAACAAGAAGAAGAAUUAUUUGAUUCCAACUUUGGCUUUGGUUCUCAGAAAAUAUAAGGGAAGUGAAUGUCGGUGAAAGCAGAGCAGAAGGCGAGAAAUAUAGGAGAAAAGAAAGAAGAGGGAAAAAUGAGAGUAAUCCUUUUUCCUGUUCCAUUUGAAGGCCACACAAACCCGAUGCUUCACCUUGCCCAAAUCCUCUAUUCAAAAGCCUUCUCCAUAACAAUCAUACACAUAAUAACCCAUCUCACCUCUCUCCACCCUUCAAACCACCCCAACUUCACCUUCCGCUCCAUCGAACCCGACCACGCCGAAACCUGCAGCGUUGGAGGAGUUAUAGAGCUCAUAACUCUGUUGAACAGGCAGCUGAUUGAGCCGUUACGAAAGUGCGUGGCGGAGCUGGUGGGGGAAGUCGACAACGAAAUUGGGUGCCUCAUAACCGAUGCUCAUUGGCAUUUCAGUCAGGAUGUGGCUAAUGAGUUUGGGAUUCGGAGAAUUGUGUUGAGAACUGCUAAUAUUUCUGCGUUUUUGGGAAUGCUCGCUCUCCCUGCUUUGCGUCCAUUUUACACCUUACCUUCUUCAGAAACAAAUCUGGAAGAUCCAUUACCCAAUUUACCACACCUCAGAUUCAAAGACCUGCCUACGAUGAACAAUGAAAGCCACCAUUUCAUCGACCAACUCUUAACCUCCAUCUUCAUUCAAACCAAAUCCUCCUCCGCCAUCAUCUUCAACUCCUUCCACGACCUCGAACCCGAUUCACUUCUCAAAUGCCAUCAUCUCUUCUCCCCAAUCCCAAUUUUCCCACUCGGGCCUUUUCACAAACACCUUCCACUCACUCCUCAACCCCACCACCCUUCCUUCUCUUGGCUCAACUCUAAACCCCCCAGAUCCGUCCUCUACGUCAGCUUCGGCACUCUCGCCACCCUCCAACCCCACGAGUUCCUCGAGAUCGCCUGGGGUUUGGCCAACUCCACUCACCCUUUCUUGUGGGUGGUCCGCCCCGCUAUGGUCAGUGGAUCCGAAUGGCUUGAGCGGCUGCCGGAAGGGUUCGAGGAGAUGUUGGGUGAACGAGGGUUGAUCGUGAAAUGGGCACCGCAGAGGGAGGUGUUGGCGCAUCCGGCGAUUGGGGGAUUCUGGACUCACUGUGGGUGGAACUCCACGAUUGAGAGUUUAUGUGAAGGGGUUCCGAUGCUGUGUUAUCCUUGCUUUGGAGAUCAGAAGAGUAAUGCUAGAUAUGUGACUCAUGUUUGGAGAAUUGGAGUGAUGUUGGGGGAUAAAUUGGAGCGAGGGGUGAUUGAAAAGAUGAUUAUGAAGUUAAUGGCAGAGAGGGAAGAUGGUGAAAUUAUGAAAAGGGUUAUGGAUUUGAAGGAGAAGGCUGAUACUUGUAUCAAGGAAGGUGGUUCUUCAUUCAAUUCAUUAAAGAAUUUAGUCAAUUUUAUCCUUCAAAAAUAAAUCAGAAAGUGGGAAUUUGUGAUAUGUAACCAUGACCAAUUAUUCUUUUGGCUUUAAUAACUUGAGUUUUUGUCUUGUCUA